GAGAAGACAGCUUCGCGGCAGCGGAGGUGGACGAUGACCUGCGCGACACCUACCCCUCUCCCACUGACGAAGACCUACGCUUCAUGGAUUCGUUGCUCGAUCGCGGCGAGAUCAUGGGCUCGUGGCCGCCACCGCCGUUUGAGGGCGAAGCUAUGAGCGACGAGGAAUUUGAAUACAUGUUCGGCCAGUUCGCGGACCAGUCAGCGGCCUCGCAGUUGCGCCCUGCGUCUGCUUCUCAGGACGUCCUUCGCUGGCUUGGCAUGCCACCGUCUCGUUCGAGGCCUGCGGUGACCCGUCCUGCCGGUCCUGAGCUGCUGUCUUCUGCGGCUGCCCAUUUGGGCGCUGGCCUCGCCCAGCUGAACAUCCUCCACCACCAGUGGUUGAUGGACGAGUACCUCCUGUCCACCAAGAUCCUCCUGCCCUUUAUCCUGCCCAUGAUGAUGCUGUGCUGGGCCCCGCGGCCGCUGGCCACGAGUCGACGGGCGCGGCAGUUGGCGGUGGCGCUAUUGGUCGACCUGGGAUGGCCCUCAACCAACUUCGCCGCGCUCUCCAUACUCUAUCCAGUGAAGCUGGUCUUCAUCCUGGGCUUCAACAUGCUCUUCCUGCUGCGCACUUGGAUGAUGUGGCUGUUCCCGAUCAUGCAGCUAGCGGUCCUCGAGCCUGACCUUCUUCGGCGUGCGCUUGAGGUUCCUGAUCGCCAGACUCUUCCGCAGGAGCACCGCGAGUUCGCAACGUGGCUGCGGAGGCGCCCCAGCAAGCUACUGGAGCUCGACAUAUUCGAGGACAUUGGCCCGUCCUGUCUGGAGGCCGCUGACGAGCAUGAGGGGCAUGGCGUUUCGGACCCGUCCUUCCUGGCCAUCGUUGACGCCGUCGACGGGGCGCCCACCAACCAUGAUGAGGGUGCUGGCGAUUUGGUGUUCCCUGACUUCCUGCCCCCUGCUGUGUCGCCCCCUCACCAACCUGGGGUGGGAACUCUUGGCGUCGAUGGCCUCUGCAACCACACCGGCGGCUCCGAGAGCGGUGGCAUGCUGAACGGUCCCUCCCUCGGGGUCGGCGCUGACGUCUCCGCUGCCCACGUCGCCCCGAGCGGCCUCGCGCCACUGGACCUCUUCCAU